AGAAAGCUAGAAGGAUUUGUACAAAUUAUUCAGGAUUUGAAGCAUGACAUGAAAGAAACAACGAAAGAUGGCAAGUGACAUCGUCCGAUUGCUUGGCUCUCUGUCAUUAUCAGACAAUCCUAUAGAAAAACUUGAGGAGUUAAAGACUGUGAUAUUUGCUAUUCACCCUUCGGUACUCGCAAGUCACAUUGGCAAUCUUUCAUUUCAGCAGUUGUUCUCAUUAUUGAACACAGAAAAUGGGGACCAGUUGGAGCUGUGUUGUGAUAUCCUCUCUCGUCUACUGACGGCACUUGGCCCUCCAGCUGUCCUAAGCAAUUUCUACACAGAACUUUCCCAUGGCCUAUCUCACAAAGCUAUCUGUGUUCAGUGUCUCAGUCUUCAGCAGUUACAGCUUGUUAGUGAAGACAACCAGGCUUUGGAGGAAUUGUUGAGACGAGAUGAUAUUCUACACCAAAUUAUUAGACUUAUUAGCUGCGACAGUGUAGAUGUUUCCUCGAAGGCCAUCAAGGUCAUCUCCUGUCUUGGUCAGAGUGCCAUGGGCCUAACUGCCCUGUAUACCACCACACUGCUACAGACUCUACAGCAGGUGAUGGACAGCAAUGAGACUGUCCGCUUCAGGGUCUACGAGCUCCUGGUGAAGAUACGUCAGAUGUCGGUUGUGUCCCUGGAGUACACAUACGAGAGUGGCAUGCUUCAACAGCUGCUAAACGAGGUGCACAAAGACGACAUCCUACUCCAGCUAAACUGUAUAGAGCUGUUGUCUGACCUAGCCCUGUCCGAACACUGCCUCGUCUUCCUCGACCAGCAGGGAAUCAUCAGCAAACUAGACAACAUGAUAGCCUCUGUAGAAUCAGACCCAAUGGCUGGUCUUCUACUCCCAGGUCUCAUCAAGUUCUUUGGAGGCAUGGCCAGGUUCCACCCAAAGGAAGUUUGUUCGGAAAAAAGUGUUUUUAUGAACACUGUGCUAGACAAUACCAGUAACUCAGCAAUGGCAAGCAUGGCUAUCCAGACUGUGGGCUUCAUUGGUAGUACACCCGAGGGCAAGGUGGCCCUCGACAAGUGGGGUGGGAAGCUGUCAGCCUCUGUAUCUGAUAUUGCAGCUGUGCUCAGGAGUGGCACAACAGAACUCAAGAUCAAUGCCUUACAGGCAGUGGAGAGACUGCUAACAUUGAAGGUGGAGGACCAGACGACAGAGUUACUGGCCCUGACAGAAAAGUGGUUUAACCUUCUGGGUCGUGAACCUUUGAGGACAAUACUGGAGAUCACCCAGCAGCCAUUCACAGAUCUCCGUUGUGUAGCCUACCAGGUUUUUGUUGCCAUGGCGACACAACAGUGGGCCCAGGAGUGUAUGAACAAGUUCCCAGGUCUAACAGAGUUUCUGUUGGACAGACUGACAGAGUCCACAAAGGAGGGCAAGGACGCCAAACAUGCACUGGUCAAAACGCUUGCUGAAUCACCAUUCGCUGCAAACAGUUUUGGAAAUCCUUUUUAUGUGAAAUUAAAAGCCUAUUGUGUUCAAGGACCAUACUUUUUACGGGCUCAGGCCGAAGUUGCAAUGGAGGGAGAAUAGCUUUCUUUAGGUCCUUCACAGUUUAUUAUGAUAUAUACACAUUGUUACCUGGUUAGGGUAGUUUUAUUAAUGGAUGACCUACACAAGGACUACAAACAACAUCAUAAACAUUUCAACACUGAAUCUUUUCCCGGAUUGAUUUAUUACAUGUACAUGUAUAUUACUGUAUUCAUAUUCAUUUCAGUGCUAUUAUCAUUUUAGCACCUUUUACAUUAUAUCUGGUGUGCUAAGUUUUGUACAGUGCUAAAAAAAGUUAUAUACAUUGCAGGUAUUUUCUGAAGAUUUUAAAUUCGUGAAGUAUAUAAGUGAAAGAGUUGGUGCACUAUUUUAUGAUUGUGCUAAUAGAUCUUGAGUGCUCUAAUAUGACCGCUUUAAUACUGUAUAUUGGGAAAGUUUUGCUGCAGUUUUCGCCCAUGGUAAUUAGGGCGAAUUUUUAUUACAGCGAACAUUAGUUAACAACAUCAUGUGCAUAGUAAUUCAAUGUGACAGCAAAAUUAACAACCGGCGAAGGGCGAAAGUUUUGCUGGGCGAAAAUUUCCCAGUAUGGAGGUUUAUUAGGUAUGUUAACAGUAUAAUGAUUUAGGAAAUCAGUAGCCACCAUUGUCACUAGUGUUCCAGGGAUCAGGAAGUUCCAUGAGGAUAUGUCUACCCUAUGCUGUGUACGUAGGUAGGUCAGUACAGUUACACUUCCAUUAUUACGCAAUGUCAUUUCUUCAUUAGUUUUAUAGCAUGAGUCACCCAAGCAGAUAGUGCUACAUCAGAUAAAGUCAUUACCAGGGAGUACUGUUAAAUACUACAUGUAGUGUCUUCAUUUUGAGGAAUAUUCUUUUCAUGAAUAUUCUUCAAAAGACUUAAGUUAUGAGGAAUGGAAUUCACAUAGGACCACAAACAGCUGCUGUCCAUAUAGCCAUAAUAUCUUUUAAUUUUUGAUCUUCUGCAUUGGCGAAUUAAUGCAAAAAUGUAAUUUUGGCAUAUGUCCAUCAAUGACAGGUGGUAUUAUGGUACAUGUAUACCCUACACUGUGUCAUCGCUCUUCUGCAUAUAUUAAUAGACAUCUGCGGAUGAAACUUGAUGAAAUUAUUCCAUACAAAUACUUUGCUUUAACAAGUUCCUUUGUUCAAUUUGAUUCCAAAGUUUGUCUAGGGCAUAGCUUCCUUAAUAUUUUACCUGCAUUCUUCAAGUUUGCUAUACUUAUACACUAAGAGUUCCCUGUGAAAAUGUAUCAAAAAUCUAUAUGAUUUGAAUGCAAUGUCAUUUGAUGUUGAUCAAUUUUGUUACUUUUAUCUUCAGUAACAUGUGUAACAGGAAAGGGAGCAGGGAAAAUGGAAAUUCCCUCUAGCUGGAAGGUGACUGUAAUCCUAUGUACAAUUAAAUCUGCCACACUUCUCUAAACUUGUUUGCCCUCGAACACCAUAACAACCCAGGUUCUAACUCCCUAUCACCUCAGGGAGGCCACGUACACCAUUUGUAACAAGAGAGUACCGGUAGUGUGCUUCCACUGGGGAUCAAACCCAAUACCCCUAACUUACCAGUCUGCUGCUCUACCAAUUCAGCUAAUAAAUUCCCUCUAGCUCAAAACUAGAAGGCGAACAUAAUCCUAUGUACAAUUAAAAUCAGUCAUGCAUACUUGUCCUUUGAAAACAUAAUAAACAGACAAUUCCUUGUUUUUCCCUGAUAAAUGACAAUUUAAUUUUAACUCAGUGGAUGAAUACUUUUAUAUUUUUGUUUAUGCUUCACUCUCAAAUUAUUUUUCCUACUGUAUGCAGUAUGUAAAUGGUAUUUAUCAAAACAAAAGGUGAAAAAGAAGUGGUGACUAGACUAUUCUAUUAGUAUGAAACUAUGAGACAUGUUUGAGAUAGAGACAUUGUGUAUUGAUUCUUAAAUAAAGGUAAUACAUUU